UAUUUGACAAUGCUUAAAUAGUUUCAGAUCUUCGGUGUCGUGUUAGUCUAGUUAACGUGCUCAGAGUGUGUGUGUGUGUAUUGGCUUUUGUUUCGGUCUCCAGUUCCACAAUACAAAAAUGAAUAUCCCAACAUACAGAGCUAGAAAAAUUCUAAACAGCUUAGAUAAUACAAGGAAAAAAGAGGAUAAAGAAGAUGAAUAUGAAUAUGAAAGUAGUCCCGCUCCAUCGAUUUCUGGUGAUAUGUCGUUCCUCGAUUUCGAUUCCGAUGACUCGAUGAAGGAUCCCACAUUUAAACCAGAAGUUAAAGAUAAGCAAACGACAUUUUUCGAUCUUCAAAAAACUGAGGAUGUAUUGACAAUAGAGAAAAAUAAUGAAAAAGAGUUAGAAAAAAGGAAGUUAAAAAGAAAGAAGAACAAAAUAAACGCUGCAGUGGAAGAAAUUAUGAGAUCGGAUAUCGUUUCCACUGAUGAACAGCUAAAGGAAAAGUCCCCUAAAAUUGUUAUCCUGAGUAACAUUGAUGUGUCCAAUUUCAAUCAAAUAUCGGAGACUCAAACUAAAACAACAACGAAAAAAAGAGAACAAAGUGUAAGUUUUGUCAGACAGAUGUAACAAAUUUUGAGAGGCAUCUUGAGCGGAACCACGAUGAUACUAAAGAGGUACAAGAUAUGAUGUCUUUUCCAAAAAGCCAUCCUGAAAGGAAAAAAAUUCUAAGUUUGUUGAGAAAUGCAGCAAAUUUUACAGAGUAUCUUAAAGGCAAUGUACAGCCUAAGUAUCAUUAUAAGACAGAAUCUAAAGAAUAUUACCCAUGUUCACGCUGCAAAGCAAUGCUGUCUAAAUCGUAUUUGUCACGUCAUAAAAAAAACUGCAUACUGAAACACACGAAUAAUAAUGAAAUUCGUAAGAUGAAUUCACUAGCAGCAUCACAAACAUUAAUAGCUAGUUCUUUUGAUGAUAAUAGUAACUUGCACAAACUGAGAGUAAAAGAGGAAGUCUUUGACCGAAUGAAACCUGAUUAUAUCUCCUUGGUUGCGAAAUCCGACUACCUAAUUAUAACUUUGGAGAAAACUAUCUCAAAAAACACAGAAGAGAAC